AUGGCUGUGGAUGACAUCGUGACGGCGCCGAACUUGGUUGCCGUCAUCAAUGCAUCCCGCGAUGCGCGUACCCAGGCUCUCACUCUCGUCAAUCAAGUGUCAUCCUCGGUCCCGGUCGAGAGCGCGUCGCCCGAGGCGCAGUCGGAGAUAUCCAAGCAGCAGAAGCUCCUGAUCACGCAUCUGGCCCAAGUACGAGGUCUCCACCGAGCAGCCACCUUCAGCACACGCAAGACGAAGCAGGAGACCGCCGAGGCGCGCCAAGAGGUCGACCGCCUGCAUCUCCAGCUUCAGAACCUUUAUUACGAGCAGCGGCAUCUUCAGGGCGAAAUCACCGCCUGCGAAUCAUAUGACCAUACCUACCAACAGCUUCCUCUCAUUCCCAUCGAGGAGUUCGUCGCCCUCAAACCUGAACACGCCGACGAUGACGAGAAUGCAUUGAUGAUCGCGCGGAUCGAGCACGAACGUACCGAGCGUGAGACUCUGGAGCAGAGACGUAUGGAGCUGCUGAAGCGCAAGCAGAAGCUCAUUGCGGACAAUAAGAAGCGGAAGGAUGACCUAGCAAACCUGGAUAAGGAGCUCGAGAAGUUCAUUGACGCAGCCAAGCCUAUUCAGAAGCUAUUUGAAAAGAACAUCACCUGA